AUGGCUUUGCUGAGGAGCAUCAAGUCGCCGGCAACGACGAAGACACCUCCCAGUACUGAGAGGGCAAAGGCCAAGGCCAAAAGUGCACCCAAGCCGAAGCAUCGAUCCAAGGGCGGCAUCAGUGCCACCCUCAAGUUGCACGCACUUGUGACCCCACAGUCCAAGACCCAUGGUGUUGUUUCCUACCUGCGAACACCCUCAGGUUCUGGAUCCGACCAAAGCUCCCACGAAGUGGACAAAGACCUGUUCAGGAGCUUUGCCAAAGGGACGUAUCAGAAGAAUGCAAGUCGCAACUUGUACCGGCUCAUUUCCCGCAAAGGCCACACCAUCCCGAUCGACAUCAAAGCAGUGGUGGUGCCUGUCAAAAUUGCCAGCCGGAAGGUGCUUCAGAAGCCUUGGCCGGUUUUGCAGCUUUCGGAUUGGGUCAAGGCAUGCUUUGAGCACUAUGGUGGUGUGUUCCUACUCGGGGGGCACACGCUGACCAAUGACAACUUGAAGGAUAUACACAACAUGCUAGAAAGGUUUUGGCAGCGGUACCAACACGUACAAGAUGUGGAUGACAUUUGCAGAACUCCCAGCCCCUUCAAAGUGGGAAUUGUGAGCCCUCUACGCAAGAUCCCUCAAGGGGAUACCGUCAAAAAGAUUUUGAUAGAUGUGGCACACACUCAUGCCAUACAAGGCUACGGCAAGGAUGACUGUGCCUCCGCAAUAUGUUUUUUGGCAAUCCAUUGCCAGUACUGGGGCGCCGCCGUGAUUGCAACUCAACUUGACCGUGCAUUUGAUAGUUUCAAGGCCUACUGCGUCCGUAAUGGUAAAACAACCUCACUGACGGACUUCUCCUACCAAACCAUGAAGGGUUUCGAUGCCUCUUUGCUGGGAAAGUGGCUUGCGGAGUUGCUGCCCACUAUCUCCCCUGACAGUGUCCCAGAUACUUGUCCCAGUUGCAGCAUCCUAUGCAUAGGAAAUGGUUUCUAA